UAAUUUUAAGCAUUCGAUCUAAAAUCGAAGACAUGGAAUAUCCAAUGGUUUUGCAUUCCAAACUUGAACAGUGAUUGAGGCGACGGAAUAGUGUGGCAGUUGACAAUCGGGGAGGGCAAAAGUAGACGCUAGAGCAAUAUCCAAUCACCAUCGUUGUGGUGGGGACUGAGAGAAUUCUGGGAUUUCACUGGGUCUUGACAGUGGCCUCUGCGUCAUCGUCGCACAUUUCAAAGACCCUGUAUACACGAGGGAGGAAGUGGCUUCCCGGUCGAUCGUUUGAUUCUUCGAAUUUAGGAGGUUGCUGCUGAAACUUGAAGUAAUCGGGGAAUGGGCAUGGAGGAAAUGAUAUCGCCGGCGGACGCGAAGGGCAGUAGUCCCGGAAAGGAUCAGCAAGCGGCUGGAGUUGGCAUCCUUCUCCAGAUCAUGAUGCUCGUGCUCUCUUUCGUUCUCGGCCAUGUCCUCCGCCGUCACAGAUUCUAUUAUCUUCCUGAAGCCAGCGCCUCUCUUCUCAUCGGUCUAAUUGUUGGUGGCCUUGCUAACAUCUCGAAUACAGAACAUAGCAUCAGGGCUUGGUUCAAUUUUCAUGAGGAAUUUUUCUUCUUGUUCUUGCUACCUCCCAUCAUAUUUCAGUCAGGGUUCAGUCUCUCACCUAAACCUUUCUUUUCAAACUUUGGAGCCAUUGUUACAUUUGCCAUCCUUGGGACAUUUAUAGCUUCUGUUGUUACUGGACUUCUGGUUUACCUUGGUGGUCUGAUGUUCCUCAUGUACAGACUUCCUUUUGUUGAAUGUCUGAUGUUUGGUGCUCUUAUAUCAGCAACAGAUCCCGUUACAGUUUUGUCCAUCUUUCAGGAACUAGGCACAGACAUGAACUUGUAUGCUUUGGUAUUUGGAGAAUCUGUUUUGAAUGAUGCAAUGGCAAUUUCCUUGUACAGGACAAUGUCAUUGGUAAAUAGUCGUGACUCAUCUGGACAAAACUUAUUUGUUCUGUUUGUUAGGUUUCUUGAGACUUUUGUUGGCUCGCUGUCUUCAGGUGUUGCAGUUGGAUUUACUUCUGCUUUGCUAUUCAAGUAUGCCGGGUUGGAUAUCGACAAUCUACAAAACUUGGAAUGCUGCCUCGUUGUCCUGUUUCCAUAUUUCUCGUACAUGCUUGCUGAAGGUCUUGGCCUGUCUGGUAUUGUAUCGAUAUUGUUCACUGGAAUUGUUAUGAAGCAUUACACAUACUCAAAUUUGUCAGAGAAGUCGCAACAUUUCGUGUCUGCAUUUUUUCAUUUGAUAUCAUCAUUAGCAGAGACAUUCAUAUUUAUAUAUAUGGGCUUUGAUAUUGCCAUGGAACAGCAUAGCUGGUCACAUGUUGGAUUCAUCUUUUUCUCAAUUUUAUUUAUUGUAGUUGCAAGGGCUGCAAAUGUUUUUUCUUGUGCAUAUUUGGUCAAUUCAGUUCGACCUGCACAUCGAAAGAUACCUGUAAAACAUCAACAAGCACUUUGGUAUAGUGGACUUCGAGGGGCAAUGGCUUUUGCCCUUGCUCUGCAAUCAGUUCAUGAUCUUCCAGAAGGACAUGGCCAGACAAUAUUCACCGCAACCACUGCAAUUGUUGUUUUGACGGUGUUGUUGAUUGGAGGUUCGACAGGUACCAUGCUGGAAGCUUUACAAGUUGUAGGUGACGGCCCUGAUGUCGGCUCCCCAGGAGAAAGCUUGGAAGGGGACAAUGACUUCAUUGUUCCAAAUAAUGGCUACAUUGCUCCCUCAUAUGAUGAGGAAACAUCAUCAGCCAACAAGAUCAAGAUGAAACUUAAAGAGUUCCAUAAAAGCACAACAUCAUUCACUGCAUUAGAUAGGAACUACCUCACCCCAUUCUUUACAAGUCAGAAUGAAGAUGAAGAAGAUGAGCAUGAUGAGCCAAGGCCUAGUUCUAGAAGAGCGGGUUUCCAGGGCCAUACGUAAUAAAUGCAGUGAGCCGUUGACAGCAUUCUUAGAAGGGCAUACGGUGUUAGAGGGAGGUGUGUUGUAGAUAAUUUACAAAAUUACAUUCUGGAGAUAGCAAGCAGCUAGUGGUUGAACUAACAGAAUAUGGACGGAACAUCGUCACCGUUGUGCAUUCCUACUUUCUAAAACACAGAAGUAGAGUUCUGAAGGGCAUACGAAGGGAGACAUUAAUGAAUAAUAUGGAUGGUAAAACUGGUAGAGUUAGAUGUUACAAUCAAAUUCAUACUUGUAGGCUAGCUUGUUCCAUUUAAACGAUCUGCUAGUACUGGAUUCAACAACUUGUAGCAAGCUAUUCUGCAUAUUUCAACCGAUAUAUACUAUAUACAUUUACGUUUGGUUGCUUUCCAUACUAAAUACAAGUUUGAUUUGAUUUGGAGGCUAA